AUGGACAAAAUCGAGUAUCGUUCCGUGAUUAAAUUUUUGAAUCUAAAAGGGGAGACCUCGAAGGAAAUCAAAGCCCAGUUGGAUUUCGUUUACGGUGACUCCGCUCCUUCGUUUACAACGGUUAAAGUUUGGGUCGCCCAAUUUAAGCGUGGCCGUACCAGCGUGUUCGAUGAUGAACGUUCGGGUCGCCCAAAAACCGCAACGAAUGAUGCAAUGAUCGACAAAGUGCAUCAAGUCGUGCUGGAUGAUCAGAGACUGAAAGUCAGAGAGAUAGCAAGUGCCGUAGGCAUAUCCGCCGAACGUGUGUUGAAAAUAUUGAGUGAAGAUUUGGGUAUGAGGAAGCUUACCGGGCGAUGGGUGCCGCGUCUGCUGACAUUGGACGAAAAACGCAUUCGACACAACAUUUCGAAGGAGUGUUUGGACCGGUUCCAGCGGGAUACUACGGAUUUCUUGCGUCGAUUCGUGACUGUUGACAAAAUAUGGAUCCACCGGUACACACCCGAGAGCAAGAAACAGCCGAAACGGUGGACCUUGGCGGAGAAACCUGUCCCGAAGAAGGCGAAGACGUCCCAUUCGGCCGGAAAAGUCAUGACGACCGUUUUUUGGGAUAGCCAUGGCGUAUUGCUCGUCGAUUACCUUCAGAAAGAGAAAACCAUCACUGGCGAGUAUUACGCAUCAUUGUUGGAACGUUUGGACGAAGAAAUCGCGAAAAAACGACCGUAUUUGGAAAAGGAAAGAGUGCUUCUUCACCAGGACGACGUGCAAGUCCCCACGUCUGCAAUCGCCAUGGCCAAACUACACGAGUUAGGCUACGAAUUGCUCCCUCAUCCUCCGUAUUCACCUGAUCUAGCCCCCUGCAGCUUCUUUCUGUUCUCGAACAUGAAGAAUUGGCUGACAGGGAAAACAUUCACGACUGUCGACGAAAUGACUGCUGCUGUGAAUGACUAUUUUGCAGGAUUUGACCAAACUUACUUUACCGAUGGAAUAAAAGGGCUGGAAAAGAGAUGGACCACAUGCAUAAAGUUAAAGGGAGACUACAUUGAAGUAUAG